AGGAGGCGGCCAGUGCGAAGAGACGUUGGAAGCGGCCGGCUCUGCAGAGCGAGCGCCGCCGCUCUCGUCGUCACUCCAAGCCGGCCGGUAGCUUUCCCCGCCUCCUACGAGUCGGACCUGCGACGAACUCCGCUCGUUCGUUCGUUCGUUUUAACGAGACUGCGCGCGUCGAGUUUGCUUGGGAUCGGCGCCGGCGGUCGGCCGGCCGACACCUCGUGAGUACAAUCAAGAACAAGUGGCAGCGAUCCGAGCACAACAAAAGACACGAGAUGACUGAGGGGCGUCAGUGCCAGGUACACCUACUUGACGGUCGAAAGCUGGAGCUGCUGGUCCAGCCAAAGCUUUUAUCUCGAGACCUGCUAGAUUUGGUGGCAUCCCAUUUCAACCUGAAGGAAAAGGAAUACUUUGGCCUUUGCUUCAUCGAUGACACUGGCCAGAACAACUGGCUUCAGCUUGAUCGAAAAGUCCUUGAUCAUGACUUCUCUAAGACUUCAGAUACACUGGAAAUCAAAUUCUUUGUGAGAUUUUACAUUGAGAAGAUCACCUUUUUAAAAGAAAACACCACUGUGGAGCUGUUCUUCCUGAAUGCAAAAUCUUUGGUGUUUAAUGAGGGCAUCGAAGUGGAGAGCGAGCACGUUUUCAAGUUAGCCGCAUUUGCAUUACAGGAGGUCAACGGUGAUUACACAUGUCCUGAAACAGCCAAAUCAAACCUAAAGCAUCUGCCAGUUCUGCCCACCCAAGUUCUCAGGAAACACCCGUCUCUCAGUUAUUGUGAGGACAAAGUGAUUGACCAUUACAAGAAACUGAAAGGGCUGACGAGAGGACAGGCCAUUGUGAAGUAUCUAACCCUGGUCGAGUCGUUGCCAUCAUAUGGAGUCCAUUAUUACCCAGUAAAGGACAAGCAGGGCAUCCCCUGGUGGCUCGGAGUCAGCUACAAAGGCGUUGGCCAGUACGAUUUACAAGAUAAGCUGAAACCAAGAAAGUUGUUCCCGUGGAAGCAGUUGGAGAAUUUGUAUUUCCGAGAGAAGAAAUUUGCUGUGGAAGUCAUCGACCCCCACAGUGGAACGGUGAGCAAGCGGACCUUUGGGCAGACCGGCCUUGUCAUUCACUCCUGGUAUGCCAGCCAUUCUCUAAUUAAAACCAUCUGGGUGAUGGCCAUCAGUCAGCACCAGUUCUACCUGGACAGAAAGCAAAGUCGAUCAAAUAUGACCACGGCGAGGAGUUCAGGAGACAUCGCCAUGGAUCUCACAGAGAUCAGCGCCCAACGGAUGAGUACAUUUCCAGGUCCCGAAAGCAAACACCAGCUCAUCAUGGCGAGCAGCGGAAGCCUCAUCUCGGCCGGUUCUGCUGACUCUGACGUUGCCGACGAGCAGAAGAAAGAGAAGAUUACCGAGUUAAGAACAAAGGAGAAAAAACUUCACGACGCCCUGAAACAGAAACUGGAGGAACUGAAGAAGAUCUGCAUGCGGGAAGCGGAACUGACAGGCAGAUUACCGAAAGAGUAUCCCUUGGUUACCGGAGAGAAGACCCCUCACGUCCGAAGACGUGUUGGCACAGAGUUCAAGCUUAACGACCUUUUCCCAGAUCACGAGGACCCUCAUUUGAGGAAUCUGGAAAGCAGAUUUGCUUUGCAGCAGAAGAUCGUGGAAGCAGCCAUCAAGUUAACCAAGGAGAUGGAUCUCAGCAAGACGGUGAAGAAAAAGAGGAAAAACAACUGUCUGGAUGCGAUGAGAAAACUGGAGGAGAUUGAAGGGGAGAUCAACGCCUAUCGGAUCAGGACGGGAAAGAAACCCAGCCAAAGGGCUUCGCUGAUCUUGCCAGACGACGUCAAUCCAUCAGAGCUGAGCUCUCUGUCUGACAGCUUCACACUGGAUGAAGAUGACGAGCUGAGCUCCCAGAGGCAGCGCUCGAGUUCACUUCAGUACUCCCCGAGGCCCCACCAUGCGGAGACACUGGGCAUCCACUGCGGCAAUGAGAGACGAGCUUCGGCGAACGACCAGCAGGUAGACGGCAGGUUAAAUUACAGUCCAAUCCAGGAAGCACUCCGCCACAGUCACCACGAUGCCUUGUUCAGCCACAGCAGUCCACACAAAUCGGUUUCCAGACAGCCUCGUGAUGCCCGCAGUAUGCCCCCGACUCCGCUGCUCACACGCAAUGCUUACAGCAGUACCCAGCUCAAAUCAGAGGAGGCACCGCAGCUUUUUCGCCAACGGAGCGGGAGUCUGGAGUCCCAGUCCAAGGUUCUACUGGAGCCCGAAGCGCGUUUGCCCGCGUUCAACUUGUCCCCAUCCCGGCGCAGCAACAGCACCGAGGUACUCGAUGACGGCUCGUCCUACACCAGCCAGUCCAGCGUGGAGUACGCAGUUCCCGGGAACCACAACCAGCGACGUCGAGUGCGCGGCCGCCACAGGAAAGGCAUAUACGCCAACGCGGGCAGCAUGCCCAACUUGGCUCAGCCGGAGGCCCACUGCUACGCCUACCGGCCCCGCGCUCGGCCCACCACUACUGCCUUCUACAUCACGGGCUAUCCGACCCAUAUGGAGCCAGAGCCUUACUCGAAUGGCGUCUGCGUGUACGACAAUGAGACGGAGGGACACUACAGCGUCAAUCCGCCACUGCGUCCUGCCCACGCGGCCUAUCGUGCCUAUGAUGUGCACGGUCGCUAUGGCAACGAUGAGCUCGACGGCACGUCUCAGAACCCGUACGCCACGCUUCGGCCGCCCAGGCACCGCCCGGCUCCCCGCGGCGAAGCCCAGAUCUCGAGGAACUUUCAGAAGGCCGUCGUGGCCGAGCACCUGAGAGGCUGGUACCAUCGCAACACGGCCUACAAGCAGCCCGCGUACAGCUACGACUACGACUACGACCAAGGCUCCCAGCAGAGUCUCAGCUACCGAAUCAUGCCUGCACCCUUCAGCCACAAUAACAACCACCGGAACCACUCCUACUCAUCAGGUUCCUCCAAUGGAAAUUGGCACGGCCCUAUCAGUGGUCACGGUAGAGCGGGUUGUGACAUGCCCAAGCAGAUGCCGCAGACGUACAGCUACAACACCGCUCCUUUUGGCCGCUCCACCCAGGGCAGAUCCCCCAUGGACGUCAACCAGACGGAGAUGCGCAACCAAACGCCAACAAGCGUGGACCCACAAGAUGGCAUACACUGGCACGAAGACUCCGAACCAGGAACGAUAGUUUAGCUGCCUGUCAUUCCAUCCUUUUUUGCAUGACAAAGCUGUCCCUGUGCCUUCGACUGCACUUACCUGUUUUUCUGAGCAAGGCGAGCCAAAGAAUGAAGGAAUUUACACACACACACACACACA